CUGUCCACUAGUGCACCCACAGUCAAGCCUCCUCCUCCGCUGCGAAACACGCGUGUAGCAGUAAAAAUGAUGGGCCCUGGUCAAGUCCCGAUCCUCGUUCUGAGCCAGAACACCAAACGUGAGUCUGGCAGGAAAGUUCAGAUCGAGAAUGUACGAGCUGCAAAGGCUGUUGCUGAUGUUGUACGCACUUGCUUGGGACCCCGGGCAAUGCUUAAGAUGCUUAUGAAUCCUAUUGGAGGCAUCAUCAUGACGAACGAUGGGAAUGCAAUUCUGCGUGAGAUUACUGUUCAGCACCCAGCUGCCAAAUCUAUGAUUGAGAUCAGCCGCACUCAGGAUGAAGAAGUUGGCGAUGGCACCACAUCUGUCAUCAUACUUGCUGGUGAACUUCUUAGUGCUGCACUGCCAUUCUUGGAACAGAACAUGCACCCAACUGUCAUCAUCAGUGCAUAUCGCCAGGCUCUUGAGGACAUCAUCACCAUUAUGAAGGAUAAAGUCAGUACUCCUGUUGAUGUCAACAAUCCAGAACAAAUGACGGACAUCGUCAAGAGCUGCAUUGGAACAAAGCUCAUCAGCAAAUGGGGUGACCUGGCUUGCAAGAUUGCCAUUGAUGCUGUGAAGACAGUCUGCAUAGAAGAAGGUGGCCGCAAGGAAAUUGACAUUAAACGCUAUGCCAAGGUAGAAAAGAUUCCAGGAGGCGCCAUUGAGGAUUCGUGUGUUCUUCGAGGAGUGAUGCUGAACAAGGAUGUCACUCACCCCAGAAUGAAAAGGAGGAUCGAAAAACCUCGCAUUGUGCUUCUGGAUUGCAACCUCGAGUAUAAGAAGGGAGAGAGCCAGACAAACAUUGAGAUCUCACGGGAGGAGGACUUCACCAAGAUCCUGGAGAUUGAGGAACAGUACAUCCAGCAGAUUUGCUCUGACAUUAUCAAGCUGAAGCCUGAUGUUGUGAUAACAGAAAAGGGCAUUUCUGACUUGGCACAGCACUACCUCAUGAAAGCCGACAUCUCCUGUGUGCGGCGUGUGCGCAAGACUGACAACAACAGGAUAGCCCGUGUGUGUGGAGCAACAAUUGCCAACCGCACUGAUGAACUCCGUGAGGAAGACGUGGGCACGAAGGCUGGCCUCUUUGAGAUCAAGAAGAUCGGUGAAGAGUACUUCUGUUUCAUCACCGAGUGCGAGGACCCCAAGGCGUGCACCAUUCUGCUGCGUGGUGCCUCUAAGGAUGUGCUGCAGGAAGUGGAGCGCAAUCUACAGGAUGCCAUGUGUGUGGCACGCAAUGUUCUUCUUGAACCCCGCCUUGUGCCCGGGGGUGGUGCUGUUGAGAUGGCUGUCGGACAUCUACUUACUGAGAAGAGUAAGAACUUGACAGGAGUGCAGCAGUGGCCAUACCGUGCCCUGGCCAAGGCACUGGAGAUCAUCCCGGCGACCCUCAUCCAGAACUGUGGUGGCAACACCAUUCGCACACUUACUGCCCUCAAGGCAAAGCACGCUGCAGGUGAAGGCGUAAACUGGAGCAUUGAUGGUGAGACGGGCAAUAUCGUGCCAACAGAUGAGCUCAAGGUGUGGGAGCCAAUGGUGGUGAAGUUGCAAGCAUACAAGACUGCCAUUGAGACUGCCAUUCUCCUGUUGAGGAUUGAUGACAUUCUCUCCGGCUCCAAGAAGAAAGGCAAGGGUGAUGGUGACCAGACACCAUCUCAGCCUGCACCCACAGAAGAGUCUAUGAAGGAAUGAGCUCAUUGUCAUCCUUGUUGGCGAGCUCUUAUUUAAUGGUAUACACUACAGGUGUAUUGGCUUUGUUCUUUUGUGUUUUUUUUUUCUUGUACUAAUAAAACGGACCAAAGCAGUU